CAGUGGGAUCCACAAUUUAGUCGGUUUAAUAUAAGUUAAUGUAUUCGACAUGUACAAGUUCUGAGCGCCUGCGUAUCGAGAGUGCAACGGUGCCAGAGUACCAUAUAACUACCCUUAAAUUAGCAGAAUUUCGUUAUGGAUCUUGCUCUUAGCACCUCAAUCCUUUUGAACCUGUAUAACCUGAGGCUGAUGGAGAUCGACACCCACUCAUUUGCCACAAUCUACGCCGGAAAUUCCAUCCAUACAAAGUCAUCUUCUUCCUUCCACUUUCUCUUCUUCGCUGCUUCAGGCAAAUCCACAAACAGGUUGCAUGCGCAACCAAAAUUCAAAGGAAAGUGUGAUAUUGGAAUCGCUUUCUGUUAUACUAACAAAACAUCAAGACGAUGAUGAUGAUGGACGGUCGAGAGACGCUGAUGUGCGUCGAGGAUGACGAUGAGUUCUUCGAGUCCUUCAAUCGAAUAUCCUGUGCCGUCCCCGUCAGUGUCGGUUCUUACCGAUCUGACGAAGAUGACGACGACGACGAAUAUGACGACAGCCGGAUGUCCUUCGCCUCCGCUGUAGGUCCGCCCAUGGAUUGCCGCUUCUCGACAGCGUCGAUGGCGGAUGCGAUGCCAGUCAUGCACGAUGAAGAGUACAAUUUCUGGAUGGCGGAGCCUAUGUCCAUUCAGGAGCGGCGGGUGCGAUUACUGCAGGGCAUGGGAUUGGGCGGAAGUAAGGAGCUCCUUCGGGUCGCCAGCUCUGAAUUCUGCCGGGUGAAUUCUUCGAGAGCUCCCAUGGAGACGAGAACAGCAACAGAAGCGGAUGUGGCAACGGCAAAACCAGAGGGAACAACCGUAGCGGCAUCGACAACUAAUGACGAAGACUCUUUGCAUUCGGUACUCGCUCGGUCGAGAUCCGCUGGAGCUGUGGUUGUGCCAACAUCAGACAUCAAACACCAGGCCGCUCUUGUCCGAACGAAUUCAGCACCGUCGUCACUUUGCACAUACCGCCGGUCGGAUUCUCUCGGGAGCUCCGAAGGGCAGUCUGGAACGAGCAUGGUAGGCGGGGCCACUGAUGAGGCGUUGUUGGCUGAUAGCGCCCUCUCCUUCUUCAAGAUAAAGGACUUGGAUACCGGGAAGGAGUUCAUCGUCAAGGAGUUUAGGGAGGACGGGACGUGGAACCGUCUCAGCGACGCAGAGACCGGGGAGCAGCUUACGAUGGAGGAAUUCGAGAGGUGCGUUGGCUAUUCCCCCAUCGUUAAGGAGCUGAUGCGGAGGGUGAAUAGCCAGAAGGGAGCUGGGGAUGGGAAUUCAUCUCUCUCCAACAAUUUCAGCAAAUCAACCAAGAAGAAAGGUUGGUUGAAGAACAUAAAGGGAGUCGCGAAUUCGGUAUCUGGGCUUAUAGGGGAGUGGGAGAGAGACAGCCUUCUGUUGGGGCGAUCUGGCCGGCACUCUUCUUCCUCGUCACAGAACGAUUGGAUGAAAGUUCGUCAUCGCGGCAAAUCAUACAAGGAAUUCACAGGUCUUCACAUGUGCCAAGAGAUUCAGGCACACCAAGGUUCCAUUUGGACCAUCAGAUUCAGCCUCGACGCUCGUUACCUUGCGAGCGCAGGUGAAGAUCGUGUCAUCCAUGUUUGGCAAGUUCUUGAUUGCGAGAACAUUCUGUCUGUAGCAUCUGAAGAGGGUGGCAGCAAUGCCAGCCCUGUCCUAUCCCCUUCAUUGUCCAAUGCUUCACCGGAUCGACCUCCCAUUCCUCGAGCUGAUGCUCAAACCUCAGAGAAGAAGAGAAAGGGGAAGAUCUCGUCAGGUAGCAGGAAGGGCUCCUCCGCUCGCCAGAAUAUUUUUGUGCCGGAGACCGUUUUCUCGCUCUCAGAUAAACCUCUCUGCUCUUUCCAAGGUCACCAGGAUGAUGUCUUAGACCUAUCUUGGUCUAAAUCUCAGCAAUUACUUUCUUCUUCAAUGGACAAAACUGUUAGGUUAUGGGACAUGGAAACCAAGUCUUGUUUGAAGUUGUUUGCGCACAAUGACUAUGUAACUUGCAUCCAGUUCAAUCCAAUAGAUGAUCAGUACUUCAUUAGUGGAUCGCUUGAUGCCAAGGUCCGGAUAUGGAGUAUACCAGAUCGUCAGGUUGUUGACUGGACUGAUCUACAUGAAAUGGUUACUGCUGCAUGCUACACUCCUGAUGGGCAGAGUGCCCUAGUUGGUUCACACAAAGGGAGUUGCCGUUUAUACGACACAUCAGAUUGUAAGCUGGUUCAGAUAGCGCAGAUGGAAAUUCAAACCAAGAAGAAGAAGGCUAAUCCAAAGAAGAUUACUGGUUUCCAGUUUUCCCCAGGGAACCCAUCUGAAGUGUUGGUUACCUCUGCUGAUUCUCAGAUCCGUAUCUUUAAUGGUGUUAAUCUCAUUCACAAAUUUAGAGGUUUCCGAAACACCAGCAGUCAAAUAUCUGCAUCAUUCACUACAGAUGGGAAGUAUGUCGUAUGUGCAAGUGAGGACUCUCAAGUGUACGUAUGGAAGCGAGAAGAACUCCGCAAUGUGGGUGGUAGUGGGAAGAGGAAAGGUUUUAUCACAACUAGAUCACAUGAACAUUUUCAUUGUAAAGAUGUAUCGGUUGCAAUCCCAUGGCCUGGUGUUAACAAGUAUGAGCCACCAUCCUUGUCCUUGCCCUUAGGAUCAAGGAGGCAAAAUCAUAACCAUCCUCCAAAACACACUAACACACAACCAGCCUCUUCCGGAGAUCCUACCCUUGAAGAGCCUGUCAUGGGCAGUAGCAAGAACCAUUUCCCACCUCUUCCAAAGAAAAGUUUAUCGGAGUGGGCAUCGCCUUGCCCAGACGAAGAACUCGCCAACCCAUCUCGUUCAGACUCAGGGAUUGGUGGCUUAUCAUCUGCUAGCGGUUCUCCUUCAAAGUCUAGAGGAUUAUCAUCCAUAUCUUCGUCUGCAUUUUCUCCAUCGUCACCAUGGCGGUGGUAUGAUGCAAAUAGCACUGGGAGUAGUGGUGUCCAAACCGCAACAGCAUGGGGUUUGGUGAUUGUGACGGCAGGGCUUGGAGGGGAGAUCAGGACAUACCAAAAUUUUGGGUUGCCCAUAAGGCUUAGCCGCCAGGCUAAUCUAUUUUGAAGUGGUAACCUAUUGGUUAUCGACAUCCCAAACGGGAGGGAGAUUAACUUAUUGUCAUUUUUGUUGUUAUUUCUAAAUCAAGCUUCCAUCCUGUACACAAACUGUAAAUGUAAAUGUAUGAUAUAUUGUUCUUACUAGUGGUAGAGUUGGAAUACAAGAGGUUUUUUUUUUUUCUCUCAUAAGGUUGCCCCA